AUGAGUAACCAUCCCAGAGUUCUAGCUAUAGCGGCAAGUAAUUCGUUUAAAUUACUUUUAGACUGUGGACUAUAUUUUUUUAAUGAUGAUGAUGAUAAUGAUAAUGACGAGGAUUUAACCUGUGAGAAAGAGGUUCCAAUCAGGAUCAAAAACUACAUCGAAAAUGUUGUUGUUCAUUAUUCAGAUAAUGUAUUUCAAAGCCAUUUUAGAUCAGUCGGAGAAAAGUUUGAUAUGGGCAAAUCAUCACUGUCAGUAUCAUUUUUCAGAAUUAUUAAUUUAAUAAUAAUGAAUGCUUCCAAUGUUAUAAUUUGGCCUCACGGAGAAGAGUUGGAACGGCAAAAAGAAUUGUUUUUUCAUAUGGCAAGUAUCCCAAAUGUCAUUGGAGCUGUAGAUGGUACUUUGAUUCCCAUAAAGGCGCCAAAAGAAGACCCAGAAGUGUAUGUAACACGAAAAUGCAAUUAUGCAAUUACCUUGCAAGCAAUUACAAAUGCCGAACUAAAAUUUACCGAUGUUUUUGUUGGCUAUCCGGGUUCUGUGAGCGACACUCGUAUAUUUCGAAAUUCAGACAUAUAUGUGAAUAUUAUGAAAAAUGAAAAAUUUUAUUUUCCAAAUGACGAGCAUAUCUUAGGCGAUAAAGCAUAUCCUCCUCUUACAUGGUGUGUUGAACCAUACAUUAACAGGGGUCGUCUGACUGAAGCUCAAAAAAACUUCAACUUCAACAUUUCUAGAACUAGACAAACUGUAGAACGGUCGUUUGCUUUAUUUUUUGGUAGAUUUAGACGGUUUAAAUACCUAGAUAUGUCAAGGACUGAUUUCAUCCCAUCCACGGUUCUGGCAGCAUGUAUAUUACAUAAUUUGUGUUUAAAAAACAAGUCAAAUGUUAAUGUAAAUGACUAUAUUGAAGAAGGGAUGAAUUUUUUGAGAGACCAAAGAACUGAAUGUUUAAAUCCUGCAAGAGAAUCAUCAGAAGAUCACUGCCGCACAGAUGGAAAAUUAAAAAGAGAUACAAUGUGUGAACUUUACAAUGCUUAA